AAUGAGAGAAGAGUGACGGAAAACUACUGAAAAGGUUAUGCAGAAAAGGUCGUACAGACACUUUGGUGUAUAGAACAGUGCUGAGGUGGAAGAAACACUGAAGCGAAUUCAGAGCCAGAAAGGAGUGCAGGGAAUCAUUGUUGUUAAUUCUGAAGGUAUUCCUAUCAAAAGUACUAUGGACAACUCCACAACAAUUCAGUAUGCGAGCCUCAUGCACAGCUUCAUCAUGAAGGCAAGGAGCACUGUGCGAGACAUUGAUCCCCAGAACGACCUCACGUUCUUGCGGAUCCGCUCCAAGAAAAACGAAAUCAUGGUUGCACCAGAUAAAGACUACUUCCUGAUUGUCAUCCAGAAUCCAACUGAAUGAGUACACUGACUUGGUCUGGUUUUUUCCCUUUAUCCAACUGGGUUUUUUAAUUUAAUGGUGAAGAAUAGAGCAUUAGUGUUAACUCUACUGUGCCACUUCAGUGUGUGGAAAAACUAAAGUUUUUGUUGUUUACAAAGAGAAAAGUGGCACCUUUUUUUUUUUUUUUUUUUAGGAGGAGUUGGUGAAUUAGGCAGUAAAAAAUGUAACAAAUUCUUUUACUGGUUAAGAUAAUAUAAAAUUCUAAUAAUGUUCUAAAAUAUUAUUCUUUGUGUGUUUUCAUGCUUCUGUCACCACUAUUUGAGAUAUGCUUUUACACUAUUACUUCUGAAUGACUGUAAAUAUGAAACUUGCCUAUCCUCUAGUUCUGUCUUAUUCUGUUGGUUUUACAAGUUACUUUGAAAAACUCUGACCAUAUCAAAUUAAAAAGUGUCAUCAGUGA